AAGUUGCUCCCUUCAGCCAACGAGGGACGCCUGAGGUAGGCUCGAAGGCCCCAGAUCCUUCAGCAAAGUGGUUUCGGCUUCUGCCUUGCUUGUCGGUAUCUUGAAUCGUUGCGCUUCAAUUGUGAAAUAGAACGAUGACGGGAAAGUCGCGCGUCUCCUAUUUCUAUCAUCCGACUUGCCCUCUGUUCUACUAUGGACCGUCACACCCCAUGAAACCGCAUCGCCUAAAGUUGGCACAUCAUCUCAUUCUGACGUAUGGCCUUUACAAGGAGAUGGACUGCUACCGGCCUCACCCUGCAGCAGCAGGUGAAAUGACGCAAUUUCACUCGGAGGAUUACGUCAACUUUAUGAGUAAGGUUACUCCUGAUAAUCUACGACAGUAUUCGGCAUCGAUGCAACGUUUCAAUGCUGGCGAUUCCACUGAUUGUCCCGUCUUUGACGGUCUCUUUGAAUUUACACAGCUUUAUACGGGCUCUAGUCUCGACGGAGCUUUACAGCUUUGCCAGGGAAAUACCGAUAUAGCCAUCAAUUGGAGCGGUGGCUUGCAUCACGCCAAGAAGGGUGAGGCUUCGGGGUUCUGUUAUAUCAACGAUAUCGUACUGGCGAUUCUGGAACUCCUCAAGGUCCACGCGCGUGUGCUAUACGUCGACAUUGACGUUCACCACGGCGACGGCGUGGAGGAAGCUUUCUACACUACUGACCGUGUCAUGACGUUUUCGAUUCACAAGUACGGAGACUUUUUUCCCGGCACAGGGCAUAUCAGUGAUACGGGUGCCAAAGAUGGCACCGGCUUUAGUGUGAAUGCACCGUUGAAUAGCGGUAUUACGGACGAAACCUACUUUCACGAUUUGUUCAAACCGGUCAUGGAGAAAAUCAUGCAGGUAUUUAAUCCGGGCGCUGUGGUCUUGCAGUGUGGAGCGGACAGCUUGACGGGAGAUCGGCUUGGAUGUUUCAAUCUAACGUUGAAGGGGCACGCAGCCUGUGUAGAGUACGUCAAGAGCUUCGGCGUGCCGACAUUGGUACUGGGAGGUGGAGGUUACACAAUCCGCAACGUAGCACGGUGUUGGGCCUACGAGACGGCCGUUCUAUUGGACAAGAAGGACAUUCCAAACGAAAUUCCAUACAAUGAUUAUUACGAGUAUUAUGCCCCAGACUACGAGCUUCAUUUGACUCCGACGCCGGAAGAGAACAUGAAUGGAAAAGAUGCCCUUGAAGAUGUACGGACAGAAUUGCUUCAGCAGUUGCAAGAUUUGCAAGGAGCUCCCUCAGUAGCGAUGCAACAAGUCCCCCCAUCUUUUCAGCGAGCAGAAGCCACUGAAGAGGAUCCGGAUGUCAGGGAAGGGGCUAGCAAGACCAGAUCGGGUGACGGGGUCCGUAAGCAGCAUCCAAGCGAGCUUUACGACGAGGUAGAUUAAGAGUAAAAGGCUUUACCGAACGAUGGCGAAAUAUCAGUCACCUCCGACCUCGUCGGCAUUAGUUCGUAAAGCUCUUUCGUAUAUUUCUUCCCAGUCUUUGGAACUCUUGCUCCGAAAAAUUUCCUCGUUAUGCUGCGCAAUGGCAGCCGUUGCAGAGGGGCCCGCUUUGUCAAUAGUAGAGGUCGCAACGAUGGACACCGUUGAGUAAGGACUGCGCUUUUCUAGCUGUAUGGGAUUCUCAUCUUCACCGGCAAACAACCAGGCAGGAUGAAAAGGCGCCAGUGUGACAGCAUUUCCAACAUGGUCUGGAUCUUCGUCUAUAGCAUCCAAAUAUUGCUCCUCCUUUUCAAGAAACCAGUCGUAAAAGGAUUCAAAAUCCCAUCUCUCUUCGACUUCUUCGGCCAGUAUUACAAACGCAAUUGCGGUAUUUGAAUCCAGGGUCCCCGUUUUCAUUUCCAGGCAGAAACGUUCUGCAACCGCAUCUAUGGCCUUUUCAAAUAAAGUUGUAUCCUUGGUCAAGUACAGUCGUAUGGCACCUUGAGUGUUUACCGAGGACGAAGCCCAGGGGCAUAGAUUGUGCGGUACCACAAAGUUGGCGCACCAGCUCCAGGUCCGGACAGAAGCCUUUUGCAAUGAAGGACUGGGAGGGGUCGAUCCAAAGCGAACGACUUCGUCAAACGAG